UUGAGAAGUGAAGAACGCGAAUCUUUGAGACAGGAAAAAGAAGCAAUGUUUGAUAUUUUUCUUACCGAAGAUAUACGUAAGCUUAUGAGGAACAAGUCAAUUGUUUUCUUAGGCGAUUCAAAUGUGAGAGCUUUGUACAAAGAUUUUCUGUGUUUGCUGCGGAACUCACAGUUCAUCUCAGAUCAUAUCCUUAGGACUAAAAUGGAGAAUACUGUCUUUGGUGAUAAGUUAGUGUACCAUGGAGAAAAAACGAAUGCACGCUGUUACAGAGAAGAACGAGAAGCAUCAAUUGAGAGCACUCGCAUAUCCUUUUUCUUCUUAACUAAAAUCUAUGAUGAUUAUAUUAAAGAAGUCUUGAAAAAAAUCACCAUGAAAUCAAAUCCUGAUGUUAUAGUUAUAAAUAGCUGUCUUUGGGAUAUUACUAGAUGGGGUUUUGAUGGAGUGGAACAUUUCAAAGAAAAUUUAAAAUCUCUGAUGGAAGAAUUCAAGGUUUUAUUUUCUGACUGCUUGAUCAUUUGGGUCACAGCACCUCCCAUUGCUUGUGAACUUAAAGGAGGCUUUUUAGUCAAAGAACUGCAGUUUUUGAAAUAUUCACUUAGGUUUCACGUUGUUGAAGCAAAUCAUUAUGCCAGAAAAGUAGUUAUAGAGAAUGGAUUUGAUGUACUUGACACACAUUACCACCUCCAUAUGCAGAUCCAUCGCCGAUGUAAUGAUGGUAUUCACUGGAAACCAAAAGCUGUGCGGUAUAUAACAAAUUUACUCCUUAGACAUAUUAGCCUUGCCUGGGAUAUUGCCUUACCCCACAGGUAUGAAUCUAUUUCUGUUGACGAAAAUUUAUUGGCUUGUGAAGAUACUGAAAAUGCUGCAAUUUUGGGAGCAGAAAGAAAGGAAAAUGCUGAUAACUUGAAACAGAUGUGCCAAGGGAAAUCAACUGCCUCAUUAGAAUCAAAUAGGAGCGUAAUGAAAACAGUAAACAAACUGGAUGAGACUGAAGGAAAAAAUUCUGCUCCCCCAUACAAAGUGUCCAGAAAAGAAGAAAGUAUUCACUCUCACAUGGCUAAGAAUGACAAGAAAAAUAGAAGCAAGCGCAUUCGCAUGUGGAAGCAGAAUAAUCCUCAGUCCACCUACAGAUCGACUGCGGCAGACUAUAGGAAUUAUCCUGUGUUUAAUACCAAUUUUCAGUACCACAGUUCCACAAGUCAUCCAUCUCAAAGAUUUACUCAUCUGAAUUUUCCACCAAAUCCCAACUGUGUAAAUUAUCCCUCAUUUAGCUCUUACCAUCCAGGGCCUGGUUCUGUGAACAGUAUGGAAAGUAACUUUGGUGGCCAAAUUCAUUAUCAAAAUUAUGGCCCUCCUUAUGCAUUUCCACUAGUUGUUCCAGGGCAACUUCUUCAACCCAAUUUUCAUUUUUCUGAUGAAAUCCCAUGGAAUUUCCGCUUCUAGAAAUGAAAGUAAGCUAAAUAGUUUGUUUAAAAAAAAUAUAUAAAAAUCUUGUAAUAAUAGUACUUAAAUCAUCAGUCUGGAAAUUUAAUAGAAUUUCCUGAAAUAAAAAAACCUUCCAUCAAGCAGUUUUGUUGGAUAUGAAAACUCAAUCAAUCUCUCCAUUUGUCUUUCUUUGAACUGCAUUCUGAUUUUGAGAGAGAGAGAUAGAAAUUAAGUCUGUUAAAUAUAUAAGAAGUUGUUAGAAAAACUGAUUUAUUUAAAAAUAUCUUUGAAAUGUGCAUUGUAAAAUUUCUUAAAAUAGCUUUCCAUAAAAUCCCAACUAGCAAAUUGGAGAAAUCGACAUGUAGAUUUAAUACAUUUAAGAAUAACUUAUUUCAAAUCUAUUACGACUUUAUUACAAAGCAAUAUAUUUGUGUUAAACUUCAUUGAAAAUCACUGGAUUUCAAUAAAAUGUUUGAAAUUGGUUGAAAGGACUGAAAAAUCUCGUCUGAGUUUUUUAAAAAGAUAAUAUGAAAUAAGAAUGCAUUUUAUAUUUUAGAUAAUUUUGGCUUUUUAUAUUUUAUUAAGGUUUCAACUGAAAAUAUAGUAAUUUUUUUAUCAUUAACAACUGUUGCUAAAGUAAUGAUGUUUUUAAUAAAGCUAGCUAGUAAUUUUUUGAAAUAUGCUUAGAAAAAAUGUGAAACAUUUUAUAUUGAAUCUAUUUUUGCAUGGCAGUUUAUUAUUUUUUUUGAACCAAUUACAUGUUUUUACCUGGACGUGCUCUCAUAAUAGAUAUAGUUGAUGUCUAUCCAGAAGAAUAAGGCUUUUUGCACAAAUUCUGAAUAUCACCAAAGUUUAGCAACUUUCAACAACAAACCUAGUGCUGAAAGUUUUUCUUCCUUCUCUUCUUUUUAAAUAUUUUGUAUAUGAUUAGUUUUUAUUGAAUCAUUCAUAAGGCUAAUUUUCGAUGUUUUAAAGUUGUUAACUAUUAAAAACAAUUUCAUUAGAAGUUUUAUCUGCAUUAUCUAUCUGAAUUAGUAAGUGUUCCAGUUAUAAUUUUGUGUAUUGAAAACUUCAAUAUGCAAAUUGCUAUAGUUCCUAAACUUGUUCCUGCAUUUUGACAAAUAAUGAUAAUGCUGCUCCAUCCGUUUAUUUCGUUAAUCCUUUAAAUGUGUUAAAUAGUGUGUAAAUGUAUACACUUAAAUAAGCUAUUGUGAUAUGUUUAUUAUUGUUAUUUUAAUUAAG